AAAAAGAAAAGAGAGAGAGAGAUAAAUUUAAUUGCAGAGAGAAAGAAAGAUAGAAAUAAAGAUUGAAAACAAGGAUUCGUAGAUUCGUGUAUAUACCAUAGAAAAUAAAAAUACAAUAAAACUAAACAAUUUUGAUAAUAAUGGAAAUAAACAACGGUAUUAUCGAUAAUAAUUCUAGCAAUUACGAUAAUUAUACUAAUUACGAUAAUACGAGCAACCUAUCAUACGAUUUAAUAAUGUCUAAUUUAAGCGUACAAAUAAUAUUUUGCAUAUUUUACGGUAAUAUAUUUAUAUUAGGUGUAUUCGGUAACGUAUUGGUUUGUUACGUUGUUUUACGUAAUCGUCAAAUGCAAACAGUAACGAAUUUAUUUAUCACUAAUUUGGCAUUCAGCGAUUUAUUGUUGUGCGUAUUGGCAGUACCAUUUACACCAUUAUACACGUUCCUGGGUGGUUGGAUAUUUGGAAGAAUGUUGUGUCAUUUAGUACCAUACGCUCAAGGUGUUAGCGUAUAUAUCAGUACAUGGACAUUAACAAGUAUAGCCAUAGAUCGUUUCCUUGUUAUAUUGUAUCCCUUUCAUCCACGUAUGAAAAUUGAAAUAUGUUGGAUUAUUAUAUUUGGUAUAUGGAUAAUUGCAUUACUUUUAACAUUGCCAUAUGGAUUUUAUAUGCAAUUCGUAGAACCGCACACCUAUUGCGAAGAACAAUGGCCGAGUGAGCCAUUUCGUAAAUUAUUUAGCUCGUUUACAACGAUAUUACAAUUUCUCGUGCCGUGUUGCGUUAUUACUAUUUGUUACAUAUGCGUAUGGAUUAAAUUAAAUAAUAGGGCACGUUCGAAACCCGGCAGCAAAAGUAGCAAACGGGAGGAAACAGAUCGCGAAAGGAAAAAACGUACGAAUAGAAUGUUGAUAGCCAUGGUUAUUAUUUUUGGUUUUUCUUGGCUACCAUUGAAUAUCGUUAACAUCGUCGACGAUUUUUAUCCAACUGCCAACGAGUGGUCUUAUUACGGAUUGUUCUUUUUUACUACUCAUUGUCUUGCCAUGAGUAGCACCUGUUACAAUCCAUUCCUCUACGCCUGGUUAAACGACAAUUUUCGCAAGGAAUUCAAACAGGUUUUACCCUGUUUUUCAAGAAAUUCAACGAACAGUACUCCAAGAUUAACAGACGGUUGUCGAAGUGAAAAAUUAUGCAACGGUAAUAAUACAGUUCAGGAAAGUCUUUUACCAAGUCAGAGUAUCAAAGUACAGGUAUCACAAAAUUGUGAGAUGAUAACUUUGAAUCCAACAACGACGACUACUUCAAAGGAUCAGGAUCAGGAUCAGGAUCAUCGUUCGAGCACGUCCAAGGAUUUGGAUAAUGCCAUUCUAUAAAAGAAAUCAUCCCCUUUGUUCGGUAGAUGUGAUUUCAGAAUUCUGGGUUCGUAUA